CUGUAUUUUAUUUUAUACUAGUCCUAGCAUUAAUUUCCGUAUUUUCUGGGCCUUUGUUCAUCAAAAAUCUUAUUAGUGAGCAUUUGCAUUUGCAUUUGCAUUUGCGCUUGUGGACUCUCCAAUACUCGGCAUUGGAUCAGAGACUCCAUUUUCUUGAAAAAUCUCGAUUAGUAACUGGAAAAUUUCAUUGGAUUUGCUGCCUCGCAUUGUCGGUGCUCUAAUUAAUUGCCUUGGUAUUACAUUUCUCUAAUUUCGUGGAGGAAUCCGUAGUAGACAAGCAUAUGAAUGUGGUUCCGUUUAUUUUGUAUCAAGAUGUUGUAGAGACCAAACACUGAUACAGUAUCGCGUUUUUUCUUUUCUUUUUUCCUUUUGGUUGAUGCAAAGAGUUAGAGCAGGAAAAAUGAUCAUCAACAAGCCGCUAGUUUUGACUUACUUGUACCUUUUGAUCUACAUUUUGCUUUCAUCGGCUGUAAUCUUGUAUAACAAGUGGGUUCUCUCACCAAAGUACUUCAACUUUCCAUUUCCCAUCACUCUUACAAUGAUCCAUAUGGCGUUUUCAGGGAUGGUAGCCUUUUUCCUUGUUCGUGUAUUCAAGGUUGUAUCUCCAGUCAAAAUGACUUUUGAAAUAUAUGCAACAUGUGUAAUACCGAUAAGUGCCUUCUUUGCCGCAAGUCUCUGGUUUGGUAACACUGCUUAUUUGUACAUUUCGGUGGCCUUCAUCCAGAUGCUGAAAGCUUUAAUGCCUGUGGCAACAUUUCUCAUGGCUGUUAUGUGUGGCACUGACAAAGCAAGGUGUGACGUGUUCUUAAACAUGGUGCUGGUCAGUGUUGGAGUUGUCAUCUCUUCAUAUGGGGAAAUUCAUUUUAAUGUAGUUGGCACAGUUUACCAGGUCACAGGCAUCUUUGCAGAAGCACUCAGGCUGGUAUUAACUCAGGUCCUCCUUCAGAAAAAGGGCUUGACUUUAAAUCCCAUCACCAGCUUGUAUUACAUAGCUCCAUGCAGUUUUGUCUUUUUGUUUGUGCCUUGGCUUUUACUGGAGAAGCCUGGGAUGCAAGUUUCACAGAUUCAGUUCAAUUUUUGGAUUUUCUUCUCCAAUGCACUUUCUGCAUUAGCCUUGAACUUCUCCAUAUUCCUAGUAAUUGGUAGAACUGGAGCAGUCACCAUAAGGGUUGCUGGCGUUUUAAAAGACUGGAUACUGAUAGCCCUUUCGACUAUCAUAUUUCCUGAGUCUACAAUAACAGGACUGAAUAUACUUGGUUAUGCAAUUGCACUUUGUGGUGUUGUCAUGUACAACUACCUAAAGGUUAAGGAUGUCCGUGCUUCUCAGCUCCCUGAAACUAUUCCAGAAAGAAUCACAAAGGAUUGGAAGUUGGAGAAGAAGUCAUCUGAUAUAUACGUACCUAGUAACAACAGUGAUAACAAUGGAGGAGGAGGUGGAGGUAGUAAUUCUUCUGAUCUAAAUGUUGAUGAGGAAGCACCUUUAAUUCCAUCAUCAAGGUUGUCACACAUCGGACGCACACAGUUUAGCAACCAUGCUGCGUGAUUUUUGAAAGCCCAACCAUAGAUUCUAUAUUCUGAAAGAGACUGAAGAAGCAAAACUGCGAGCGUGCAUCCUUUAAUUUCAAGAGAACAUAUAUGUUUCUUUCUUUUUUUUUUUUCCCCACAUUGACAUCGGGUACAUCCUCACACAGCAAGGUGAAGGGGCAAGCAAUUGUAUCUAAACUUGUAGCAUUUGCACACAUCAAUUUCCGGUUAUAGUAAAGCAGAUGGUAGCUUAGGACCCACCGCUGGGUGAACAAGCUCCCCGUAGCAUGAUCACCGUCUUUUUGGGUAGUCCAUAGGCAUUUCGGCCAUUCUAGUUGACUAUUUUUAAUGAAGUUGACAAUUUUUACGGCGUUCAACAA